CCCCCGUCGCGUCCCCGCCGAGCCCCGUGAGCCCAGCCCGGGAUCUCACCCCGCGAUCCCGCCCCGUGAGCCCAGCCCGGGAUCCCGCCCCGUGAGCCCAGCCCGGGAUCUCACCCCGCGAUCCCGCCCCGUGAGCCCACCCCGCGAUCCCGCCCCGUGAGCCCACCUCGCGAUCCUGCCCUGGGACCCCGUCCCGGGUCGCCGCAGCGGCCCGGUGCUUGCCCCAGGUUCCCCCGGUGCUUGCCCCAGGUUCCCCCGGUGCUUGCCCCAGGUUCCCCCGGUGCUUGCCCCGGGUUCCCCCGGUGAUCCUGCGCGCGGGUCCCUCGCAGCCCCGAUGCCCCCGGGCCCCCGUAGCCCCCUGCUCCGCUCCCCUCUCCCCCGGGUUCCCCUGUCCCCAGCGCCUCUCGGUGCCCCCGGAGCCCCCCAGUGCCCGGUGCCCGCCGCCAUGAGCGAGCUGAAGGACUGCCCGCUGCAGUUCCACGACUUCAAGUCGGUGGACCACGUGAAGGUGUGCCCCCGGUACACGGCUGUGCAGGCCCGCUCGGAGGAUGACGGCAUCGGCAUCGAGGAGCUGGACACGCUGCAGCUGGAGCUGGAGACACUGCUCUCCUCCGCCAGCCGCCGCCUCCGCGUCCUGGAGGCUGAGACACAGAUCCUGACGGACUGGCAGGAUAAGAAGGGCGACCGGCGGUUCCUGAAGCUGAGCAAGGACCACGAUGUGGGCACAUCUGUCAAACAUGGGAAGCCCAAGAAGCAGAAGCUGGAGGGCAAAGGGGGCCAUGGGACUGGGCCUGGCCCUGGCCGGCCCAAGUCCAAGAACCUGCAGCCCAAGAUCCAGGAAUACGAGUUCCAGGAUGAUCCCAUUGACGUGCCCCGCAUUCCCAAAAAUGAUGCUCCAAACAGGUUCUGGGCAUCAGUGGAGCCAUACUGUGCCGAUCUCACUAAUGAGGAGGUCAGAGUCCUGGAGGAGCUGCUCAAGCCACCUGAGGAUGAGGCUGAGCAUUACAAGAUCCCACCACUGGGGAAGCAUUAUUCCCAGCGCUGGGCACAGGAGGACCUGCUGGAGGAGCAGAAGGAUGGAGCCCGGGCAGCAGCUGCUGCUGACAAGAAGAAAGGUGUCCUGGGGCCACUGACUGAGCUGGACACCAAAGAUGUCGAUGCCCUCUUGAAGAAGUCGGAGGCCCAGCAUGAGCAGCCAGAGGACGGGUGUCCCUUCGGUCCCCUGACGCAGCGUCUCCUGCAGGCCCUUGUGGAGGAAAACAUCAUCUCCCCCGUGGAGGACUCCCCCAUCCCUGAGAUCGCCGGCAAGGACUCGGGAGCCGACGGUGCCGGCACGUCUCCCCGCAGCCAGAACAAGCCCUUCAGCGUCCCCCACACCAAGUCCCUGGAGGGGCGGAUCAAGGAGGAGCUGGUGGCUCAGGGCCUGCUGGAGUCAGAGGACCGCCCAGCCGAGGACUCGGAGGAUGAGGUGCUGGCGGAGCUGCGCAAGAGGCAGGCGGAGCUCAAGGCCCUCAGCGCUCACAACCGCACCAAGAAACACGAGUUGCUGCGGCUGGCCAAGGAGGAGCUGCACCGGCAGGAGCUGCGACAGCGUGUCCGUAUGGCCGACAACGAGGUGAUGGAUGCCUUCCGCAAGAUCAUGGCUGCCCGGCAGAAGAAGCGCACGCCCACCAAGAAGGAGAAGGACCAGGCUUGGAAGACCCUGAAGGAGCGGGAGAGCAUCCUCAAGCUGCUGGAUGGGUAG